GCUCCUCCCUCCCGCCCCUUUCUUCUCUUUGCAAAGGACAGCCUGCCUUCCUGCUUUCCUUCCUUCCUUCCUCGCCUUUUUAGAAAACGCGCAGCAGCCAUGGCUCUCCUCAGAGGUGUUUUCAUUGUUUCUGCCAAGAGAACCCCGUUCGGGGCUUUCGGAGGCUUCCUCAAAGACUUCACAGUCACCAACCUCUCAGAGAUUGCAGCGCGCUCAGCCCUAUCCGCUGGCAAGGUGUCUCCCGAAAUUGUUGACAGUGUGAUUAUGGGGAAUGUUAUGCAGAGCGCCUCAGAUGCUAUUUAUCUUGCACGUCACGUUGGCCUGCGCAUCGGAGUGCCAGUCGCAGUCCCUGCCUUAACCGUCAACAGAUUGUGUGGAUCCGGAUUCCAGUCGAUCGUCAAUGGAUGCCAGGAAAUUUGCCUUAAAGAAUCAGAAAUAGUACUGUGUGGUGGAACAGAAAAUAUGAGCCAGGCUCCAUAUACCGUUCGAAAUGCCCGCUUUGGAACAAAAUUAGGAGUUGACCUCAAGCUAGAAGACACGCUGUGGGCCGGACUGACAGAUUCACAUAUUAAGACACCUAUGGGCGGCACAGCGGAAAAUCUGGCUGCACAGCAUAAAAUCACAAGGGAAGAAUGUGACCGUUAUGCGCUGAAGACACAGCAGAGGUGGAAAGCUGCUCAUGAAGCUGGCUAUUUUAAGGCAGAGAUGGCACCCGUUGAAGUGAAAACCAAGAAAGGGAAACAGAAUGUGGAGACGGAUGAGCAUCCGCGACCGGACGUGACACUGGAACAACUGGCAAAGCUCCCCUUGGUUUUCAAGAAGGAUGGGACAGUCACAGCUGGAAAUGCCUCGGGAGUAUGUGAUGGAGCUGGAGCAGUGAUCCUGGCAAGUGAAGAUGCUGUUCAAAAGCACAGUCUCACUCCCUUGGCUAGAAUAGUGGCCUACCAUGUAUCCGGUUGUGACCCCAACAUCAUGGGCAUUGGCCCAGUAUUUGCCAUCACAGAAGCUCUGAAGAAAGCUGGACUUUCUCUGAAAGACAUGGAUUUGGUUGAGGUCAAUGAGGCUUUUGCUCCACAAUACUUGGCAGUGGAGAAGGUUCUGGGUUUGGACCCCGAGAAAACCAAUGUCAACGGGGGAGCCAUUGCCUUGGGUCAUCCAUUGGCGGCUUCAGGAUCAAGGAUCACAGCUCAUCUGACUCAUGAACUGAGGCGGCGUGGAGGCAAAUAUGCAGUUGGUUCUGCUUGCAUUGGAGGUGGCCAAGGUAUAGCGGUCAUCAUUCAGAAUACAGCCUAAAGGACAAUCUCAAAGGUUUAAUACAAAACUUUCAGCAACUGACUAAAACAUGCUGAUAAUGAUUUAGAAGUGUGGAAGUUCAGAAGUUGUUCAGUAUUAACUAUAUGGAAAAUGGAAGAAAAGAGUGCAGUUCUAGGCAAUCCCUUAUUUGUGUGAAUCCUGCCAUAAUAAUCAUUGAUCUACUACCUCCUGCUCGUUAAGUUUUAAUCCCUGAAGAUGCCUUAUAGCAAAGUUGGAUAUUUCUGGUGAUUUUUUUUCUGUAAAAGGUACUUCAAUAAGAACUUUGCAUUGUCAGGAAAUGUGUAUUUUCAUUGAAUGGAUUUGGCAUGUCUGUGCCCAUUUGAUUUUGUAUUACGACCUGAAAGCAAAACAUGACAAAACCAAUGUGCCUCAUAGUAGAAAAUAAAUUAUACUAAUUUAAACCAAAAAAAA